GGAACGCUAGCGCUGCCCAGCGGGCGGAGCGGGAAGCCGCCCCAAGGCCGUCACGUAGGCAGUUCUUUGGCGGUGCCCCCGCUCAGUUGGUUACAUAGCUCGCUCCAAGCACCAUCUCCGUCGACAGUCCAACUUCGUCUUCCUCCACGGUCCGCGAUGUCCGCCAGCCCGGUUGCCAGGUCCAUCACCCAAAGCCAGAGCAUCCCUGCAAAGAGGAUGAUCAUAAACGACCCAUCCCAACUUCCCUGCGACUACUCCACAACUCCUGGAGGAACUCUUUAUUCCACGACACCAGGAGGUACCCGAAUAGUAUAUGAGAGAUCAACUCUAAUGUUUCUAAGAAACUCACCAUUGUCCAAGACACCCCCAAACAUUCCUGACUUGCCUGAUUCAAUGAUGAAAGGUGACAUGAAACAUUGUCAAAGAAAUGGCCUGCGGACAAGCCCUCUGAAGAAAACUCAAUUUUCGGACGACAGGGGAGAACAAUUUGAAAUCGAUAUAUAGCUUCUGUGAAGCUGCUUUGUAUUUACCAAACCAUUUUGGUUUCACUAAUUUUUUUUUUGUUUCAUUUUUUUUUAUUUGGUGACAUUCACCAAUGGAUACUGACGUUUAAAUACAUAUUGUCUGCGAGUAUAAAUGUAUACACUCAUAAAUAUGUAUGAAUAAAUGUAUCCUGAUUUCUGAUCUGUUAAAACAGAUUUGACUGUGUUAUCUACUGUGUUGUAAAGUGUCAAUAUGAUUUAAAGACUUAUAGCUUUGUUAUGUUAAUUUAAAAACAAAAAUUAAAAAAAAAAAUGUAUAAAAAAGCUAGAAAGACAUGUUUAUAUUUACUAUGAAUAACAUUUUAUUUUAAAUGUUGUUAGGUGUCCAAGAUCUGUUUGAAAGCCUGUAAAUUAUAAUUUUUAAAAGUGACUGAAAAUAAAAAUAUGUAUAUGAUAUCAUAUUUGUAUUCAUAAAUCACGACCAGCUAAGUUAUUUUUACUUAUAAUUCUAUAAAACUUUUUCUUUUAUAUAUUUUCUUGAAAUAUGUAAUCAGUCCAAUAAAAGCCAAUUAUAAUUAUAUUUUCAUUUUGUUCUACAUCUUUUUGCAAAUUUUGUUUAUUUGUGUGUAGCCUAGUCAUUAUAAUACAUAUUUGCACUUAAUUUCUUCUGUGCCAUGUUUUAGCAUUAUAUAAAUAUUGCUAUACUUAAAAUUUUAUGAAUAUUUUUUCUUUAUUUUUGAUCCUGCACUUGUUCAUAUUAAGAUAAAAAGAGGAAUUAAUGGAUAGUUUAAACAAAGUAGCUCUGAAUAUAAUAUUUUUUUCAGAUUAUCUGUAAUAAUUUUUCUUUCAUGGAUUAAAUAUAAAACAUUUUUUUCAUAUGUAAAUAUGUUAUUUCUGAUUACCCUCUACAUACUGUAUAAUAAUUUUUGUUUUAAAUUUCCCACCCGAAUCUUGAAGGUUCACUAUCUUGUUAAUUAAUAAACCACUAACACUAAAGGUUAUUAUAUAGAAGUGUUUGAAUAAGAACUUAAUUCAAACUAUGCAUAUUUUAAAUUGUUUAAUGUACCAAUCGAUCAAUUAGAGAACUUUUGGGUUCAAGAUUGAAGCAAUGGAACUUCUUACAACCUGGUGUAAAGAUUAGAAUGUACAGAAAGACUUGAUCCUCUUGUUGUGAUGUCCCACGUCUGAUGACAGCAUUACCUGAAUCACAACCUUUUUGAAUGGAGGCUUCUAAAAUCCAUAAAAUACUACCAAUGGCAAUUCUGUGGGGAUAUGAAAGUGGAGGCAAUUCCUCUGGGCAUGCAACAGGCAUAUAUUACGUACUGUUGUUUCUUAUGAGGGUGGGACAGUCGGGACAGAGUAUCUCAUUACAUCAUGAAAGAAUGGCCUCAAAGAGUAGUCCUGAUCCCUGGACAAAAAAAUGUUCUGUAAAACAUUCUUGUGGGCUCUCAAAAAAUUAUUUUGCCUCCAUUACAUAUAAAGUUAGGGUUCAUGAAAAUGUUUAUCAUAGGAAUGGAGCAAUCAGGAGAGGCAUUCAAGUACUUGAGAAGAAAAUGUCUUCGCUUAAGUGAAGCUAAUGUUAAAAGAGGAUGUAUUUGUUGGUCCAUAAAUCAGUGAGCUUCUUAAUGAUGGAGAUUUUUUUAAUAUUCUUCAGGGUAAAGAAAGAGCAGUGUGGGAAUCAUUUACAGCUUUAGUUAAUGGUUUCUUGGGUAACAAAAGAGAGCAGAAUUAUGCUGUCUUAGUCCAAACCCUACUUAAGAAGUAUAGAGAU